AGCGAGCGAGAGAGCGAGAGAGAGCGCGAGAGAGAGAGCGCACUCCAGGUUGGCGCAGGCACCGGUCCGGGAGAACGGCGCGUUGUGCACAGCGGCAGCAUGGCUUCGUCUCACGGGAGAAGCGACACGCGCUUUGCUGACUGGAUGGCAAGUUUACCGCAGAGCAUGCACACUAUUCCGCUCACCAAUCUGGCCAUUCCCGGUUCCCAUGAUUCCUUCAGCUUCUACAUUGACGAGGCGUCCCCGGUCGGGCCCGAGCAGCCGGAGACGGUGCAGAACUUUGUUUCUGUUUUUGGCACGGUGGCCAAGAAGUUGAUGAGGAAGUGGUUAGCUACACAGACUUUGAACUUCACCAGCCAACUGCAGGCUGGGAUCCGCUUCUUUGACCUUCGCAUCUCCACCAAGCCCCGCGACCCCGACAACGAGCUGUUCUUCGCCCACGGGCUCUUCAGCGCCACGGUCCGAGAAGGUCUAGAGCAGAUCAGCGGUUUCCUGUCGGCUCACGCCAGAGAGGUUGUUUUCCUGGACUUCAACCACUUCUACGGCGUCCAGAACAUGCACCAUGAAAAAUUGGUGACCAUGUUAAAAGACGUGUUUGGGGACAAGCUCUGCCCCGUCGUCUUCGCUCAGGAGGUGUCUCUGCAGUACCUGUGGGAGAAGCAGUACCAGGUGCUUGUCUUCUACCACCACCCCAUGGCCCUGGAGGUGCCCUUCCUGUGGCCAGGGCAGAUGAUGCCUUCUCCCUGGGCCAACACCACCGACCCAGAGAAGCUGGUGCAGUUUCUCCAGGCAUCGGUCACUGACCGCAGGAGGAAGGGGACCUUCUUUGUCUCCCAGGUUGUUCUGACACCAAAGGCCAGCACGGUGAUGAAGGGCGUUGCCAGCGGACUGAGAGAGACAAUCACUGAAAGCUGCCACAGGCCUGAGGCGAUGCUUCUCAUCCGUCACUUACCUCUCGCUACAUCUCCCCUGCUCAGUUCUGGUUCAGGAUUCUCUCUUCAGGAUUUGCCCCCCUGCUUUGUCUAACAAGAAAGCGAGCAUGAGGAGGAGACAACUCUGAGAAUUUUGCCAAGCGGAAACUUGGGGCGAGGCAUCCGCAAGAGUAACACCCCCCAGCCCCCCCCCCCCCUCACAGAGAUAACAUGUCCAGCAAGUGUUCAGAGCGCCGUCCUCGCAGCUGGUGUCAGGCUGGCAGACAUCUCAUGCUGCGUCGCAGAGAUCUUUUAUCACCGCACGUCUCUCUCCGGGUUAAACCAGCCAACCACGAAUCGUCCCCUUUUUUUUGACUCUAUACCCCCCCCC